AUGAAUUCGAGAAUUCUCAUUCUCCUCUUCCUCAUUUCCACAGGUAAACAUCACUUCCUCACUCUCAAAUGAAUACUCAUUGUUCAGUGUCUUCGGCUUAUGUGAAACGGGAGAUCCAUUCGAGCGGCUGUCCGAAGAACUCAGUUUACAAAGAGUGCACAAACAUUUGUCCGGACAAGAGCUGCGACAACUUCCUGAUGGUAACCCUAUCGAUUGGCGCGUCCUCCGAUCCGUUCCCUUCCAGGUGUCCUCCUGCUUCUCCCUCCGUUGCGGUCCGCCCGCCUGUGCUUGCAAAGAAGGCCACGUGUAUCUGAACGGAAAAAACAAGAGUCAAGGGUGUGUGAGCAGAGAGACUUGCAGGUAAAAUCAGCUAUUGGCUACCGCUUCUCAACUACGCCAUUCUAGUAAACUCGUAAAAAUUCGUGCCCAGCCAGUGCCCACCAAGUGA